GGGUUGCUGCCCCUGAAUUGGUAAUUUUAAGGAAAUUUUGCCGUUUUUGGUUAUUAUCUUGAAUAUUAUUAUAGAUAGAGAUAAACUGUAAACAGCAAUAAUGUUCAGCAAAGUAAGAUCUACAAAUCAGUCAUCUUGACCAAAAUGGUCAGUUGACCCCUUAAGGAGUUAUUGUCCUUUAUAGUCAAUUUUUAACCAUUUUUCGUAAAUUUUUGUGAUCUUUUACAAAAAUCUUCUCCUCUGAAACUACUAAGACAAAUUUAACCAAACUUGUCCACAAUCAUCAUUAGGGUAUCUAGUUUAAAAAAUUUGUCCGAUGACCCCGCCCGCGAACCAAGAUGGCCGACAUGGCUAAAAAAUAGUACAUAGGGUAAAAUGCAGUUUUUGGCUCAUAUCUCUGAAACCAAAGUAUUUAGAGCAAAUCUAGCUGAAAAAAAUUGUUCAUUAGGUCAAGAUCUAUCUGCCCUUAAAUUUUCAGACCAAUCAGGCAACACGUUGUUGGGUUGCUUCCCCUGAAUUGAUAAUUUUAAGAAAAUUUUGCAGCUUUUGGUUAUUAUCUUGAAUAUUAUUAUAGAUAGAGAUAAACUGUAAAUAGCAAUAAUGUUCAGCAAAGUAAGAUCUACAAAUAAGUCAUCUUGACCAAAAUGGUCAGUUGACCCCUUAAGGAGUUAUUGCCCUUUAUAGUCAAUUUUUAACCAUUUUUCAUAAAUUUUUGAGAUCUUUUACAAAAAUCUUCUCCUCUGAAACUACUAAGACAAAUUUAACCAAACUUGUUCACAAUCAUCAUUAGGGUAUCUAGUUUAAAAAAUGUGUCCGAUGACCCCGCCCACGAACCAAGAUGGCCGACAUGGCUAAAAAAUAGUACAUAGGGUAAAAUGCAGUUUUUGGCUCAUAUCUCUGAAACCAAAGCAUUUAGAGCAAAUCUGACAUGAAAAAAAUUGUUCAUUAGGUCAUGAUCUAUCUGCCCUGAAAUUUUCAGACCAAUCAGGCAACACGUUGUUGGGUUGCUGCCCCUGAAUUGGUAAUUUUAAGAAAAUUUUGCAGCUUUUGGUUAUUAUCUUGAAUAUUAUUAUAGAUAGAGAUAAACUGUAAACAGCAAUAAUGUACAGCAAAGUAAGAUCUACAAAUAAGUCAACAUGACCAAAAUUGUCAAUUGACCCCUUAAGGAGUUAUUACCCUUUAUAGUCAAUUUUUAACCAUUUUUCGUAAAUUUUUGUGAUCUUUUACAAAAAUCUUCUCCUCUGAAACUACUAAGACAAAUUUAACCAAACUUGUCCACAAUCAUCAUUAGGGUAUCUAGUUUAAAAAAUUUGUCCGAUGACCCCGCCCGCGAACCAAGAUGGCCGACAUGGCUAAAAAAUAGUACAUAGGGUAAAAUGCAGUUUUUGGCUCAUAUCUCUGAAACCAAAGUAUUUAGAGCAAAUCUAGCUGAAAAAAAUUGUUCAUUAGGUCAAGAUCUAUCUGCCCUUAAAUUUUCAGACCAAUCAGGCAACACGUUGUUGGGUUGCUUCCCCUGAAUUGAUAAUUUUAAGAAAAUUUUGCAGCUUUUGGUUAUUAUCUUGAAUAUAAUUAUAGAUAGAGAUAAACUGUAAAUAGCAAUAAUGUUCAGCAAAGUAAGAUCUACAAAUAAGUCAUCUUGACCAAAAUGGUCAGUUGACCCCUUAAGGAGUUAUUGCCCUUUAUAGUCAAUUUUUAAUCAUUUUUCAUAAAUUUUUGAGAUCUUUUACAAAAAUCUUCUCCUCUGAAACUACUAAGACAAAUUUAACCAAACUUGUUCACAAUCAUCAUUAGGGUAUCUAGUUUAAAAAAUGUGUCCGAUGACCCCGCCCACGAACCAAGAUGGCCGACAUGGCUAAAAAAUAGUACAUAGGGUAAAAUGCAGUUUUUGGCUCAUAUCUCUGAAACCAAAGCAUUUAGAGCAAAUCUGACAUGAAAAAAAUUGUUCAUUAGGUCAUGAUCUAUCUGCCCUGAAAUUUUCAGACCAAUCAGGCAACACGUUGUUGGGUUGCUGCCCCUGAAUUGGUAAUUUUAAGAAAAUUUUGCAGCUUUUGGUUAUUAUCUUGAAUAUUAUUAUAGAUAGAGAUAAACUGUAAACAGCAAUAAUGUACAGCAAAGUAAGAUCUACAAAUAAGUCAACAUGACCAAAAUUGUCAAUUGACCCCUUAAGGAGUUAUUGCCCUUUAUAGUCAAUUUUUUACAAUUUUCAUUAAUUUUGUAAAUUUUUGUAAAUUUUUACAAAAUAUUUUCCUCUGUAACUACUGGGCCAAGUUCAUUAUAGAUAGAGAUAAUUGUAAGCAGCAAGAAUGUUCAGUAAAGUAAAAUCUACAAACACAUCACCAUCACCAAAACACAAUUUUGUCAUGAAUCCAUCUGUGUCCUUUGUUUAAUAUGCACAUAGACCAAGGUGAGCGACACAGGCUCUUUAGAGCCUCUAGUUAUUAAAGUCUUCAUACUUUUUUUUUUUACAAAUUUUAUAUGUUUUUUUUAUUCAUUUGUUACCUGUUGUUUUUGUUUUUAACAGAAAUCAAAGAACUAAAGCUAUGCUGAUAUUUGUUAAAAAAUAAUUAUGUUGUUGCUAUGAAUUCUGGAUGUACCAAUUACAAUUUGAUACAUCAUAUCAAUUAAAUGAUAAAUAAAAAACAUCAUUGGCGAAUGUUCUCCAGUUGUAAACAAAACAUCAUGGUCGAAUGUUCUCCAGUUGUAAACAAAACAUCUUUAAGUUUUAAUUGUAAUGUUACUUACUCUUUAGGAAUAUUUUUUGAAUAUAUACAUUAUAUUGAUAUUGAAAGGGGAAGUAUAUCUUAUGGUCCUAUUUAGCUUAAUUAAAGUGUAUUACAAAAUCAUUGAUUUUCAUGUAAAAAUAAUUGAAAGGUAUGUUUAAAGUUUACACUUUUUAAAGUCUUCCAAAUAUUAUGAACAUUCACAGAGGUUUAACACCUGAAAGAUUGCAUAAGUUUAUAUUUCUAUAAUAAAAGAGAGGCGAAGGAUACCAAAGGGACAUUCAAACUCAUAAGUCAUAAACAAACUGACAACGCCAUGGAUAAAAAAGACAAUCAGACAAACAACAUAGAAAACCAAAGACGGAGCAACACGAAUCCCAUCAAAAACUAGGGGUGAUCUCAAAUGACAAAAAAUGGAUAGUUUUGACACAUACUUUUUGGUGGGAUAUGCAUGCAAGUAUCAAAUAAAUUUUUACAAGAGAGAUGAUUUCCAUAUAGACAAACACUGUAGUAAAUGAUUUUGUUGGUACUCACAUGCAUUCAAUAUUUGUGGGUGACAAAACCAUUGGAAAAUUUACCAUUAUAUACAUAUUUUCAUCACGAUGUGUAGAUAUGGCUUUUUUUUUUUAGCUAAUAAAUGCAUUUAUUGGGUCCUGAACAACAGAACAUUUCCCCCCUCCAUCCCCUCUUUUCCCUUUUAUCUUUCAAUAUUGGUGCUUCAGUGAUAAUUCAUACAUAUAUACAGCUUUUUAUACCAGUGAUAAUUGACUGCUCAAAUAUUUAUUAUUUAUCAAUUUAGUAGCUUUUGCUACAACUGUAUAAUACAUACAUAUAUAUUUUAUAUGUGAUUUGUAUUUGGAUUUUGAUGUCUUGCUUUCUACUGACAAAUAUAUUUAUUUUGUAUACAUGUAGUAUCUACUGUUAAGUAUAUAUUUUUUGCACAAGCAAAAUUAAUACUGACACACAUAUUUUGUUUUGGUGUGUUGUUUAUUUGCUUGCAUGAUUUUGGUAUAUUUAUUUAUGGCCAUGACAGUGAUGAUUAUUUUAUACAAUUAUGUCUAAUACACACUUCACCUAAAUACAAAGUUAAAGAUUUGUUUAUGCUGUAAUCUUGUCACCUGACCUAGACAUUAUUUUUGAUAUGUUAGAUUUGUUCCUUUAAUACUACACAUGACAAAACAACAAUAUUUGGUAUGUGAACGUGUUAUCUGAUAUACACUGGCUUUCAAUUUACUUUUUGUGAUAGGACAAUUUUAGGGAAACCCUUUUAUAAAUGAAAGUAAUUUUGAAUGGCUACAAUAGAAAAGUUCCCAAUGUGAAAUAGGAUAUCUGUUAAGGAUGAGUACGUUUAGUCCUUUCCCUGUUGAGGACUCGGUGGCAGGAAGGCUUGACCAGAUGUGUAAACUGGACAUUGACCGUGAUCAACAUGAACUAAUGGGAAAGAUGACUGGUAUUAUUGGUACUAUAGGUCCAGCAUGCGAUUCUGUGGAGAUGUUAACAAAUAUGUUUGUAGCAGGACUUAAUAUCUGUAGAAUGAAUUUAGCCUACAGAACACAUCAGUAUUUUGCAGAUAUAAUUAAAAGAAUUCAACAAAUUGUGCCAAAGAUUGGACAUCAAAUUGCUAUAGGUAUAGACAUAACAGGACCAGGAAUAAGAUUGGGGUACCUUAAAGGGGAAGUAGGAUUGGGACAGGAACUGAAGAUGAAGAAGGGAGAUAAGAUGAGAUUUACAUCUAAUCCUACUUACAGAGAUUGUGGGACUCCAGAGAAUAUGUUUGUAGAUAUAGGGGAGGCCAUAGAUAGAGUUCAGAUUGGCAAUCAAGUGAUAAUAGAGGAUGGGCCUCUCACCUUUAAAGUUGUAGCAAAAGGAAAAGAUUAUGUAGAUUGUGAAGUAGAAGAACCAGGAGAGUUGGGAGGAAGGAUGUUAUGGACUGUACCUAGACUCAUCCUGAAGGAACCAAAACUGUCAGACAAAGAUAAACAAGAACUGGACUUUGCUUUAGAAAAUCAUGUAGAUAUGAUAUUUGCCUCCUUUGUGUAUGAUCCUGCCUUAGUCCAUGAAAUAAGAGAAUAUCUUGGAGAGAGAGCAAAGACAAUGAAGAUUGUGUCCAAAAUAGAGAACUAUGAAGGAAUCAGAAGAUAUGAUGAAAUAUUAGAUGUGUCAGACGGUAUAAUGGUUGCCAGGGGAAACUUGGGAAUUGACAUUCCUCCGGAGAAAGUUUUCAUUGCUCAGAAAAUGAUGAUCAGCAGAGCAAACAAUGUGGGCAAGCCUGUUAUAUGUGCAACACAGAUGCUAGCUAGUAUGAUUCAGAACCCUCGUCCAACGAGAGCUGAAGUUGCAGAUGUUGCAAAUGCUGUCAUAGAUGGUGCUGAUAGUGUGAUGUUGUCAAGAGAAACAGCCAGAGGCAAAAAUCCACUGAAAUCAUUACAAACAAUAUGCAAUGUCAGUAGAGAAGCUGAGCAGGCUUUAUACAGAGAUCAGUUAUUCCGUGAUCUCAGAGUAAUGGUGGAGUCAGAGCCCACUGAUGCCACACAUACAGCGGCUUUGUCUGCUGUUGAAGCGGCAAUGAAAUGUCAUGCCAGAGCCAUAGUUGUUAUAACUGCCACUGGCAGGUCAGCAGCACUGAUUGCUAAAUACCGUCCACCAUGUGUAAUCAUAGCUAUUACAAGAUUUCCUCACACAGCUAGAAGCCUCCAUCUUCACAGAGGAGUUUUACCCAUACUUUAUCAAGCUGAGAGAACAUCAGAAUGGAUAAAUGAUGUGGAUAAUAGAAUAAACAAUGGUCUAAUGAUAGCUAAAGAAUUACGGUAUAUUGAUUCUGGAGAUAUCUGUGUCUUAGUAACUGGAUGGAAGGCUGGUACAGGCAGGACAAACACUGUGCGAAUUAUCACCUGUCCCACCUCAGAAAGUCCACAAAUGUAUGUCAGAAUCCAUGGCUCCAUGUCUGAGGAAUUGUUAGAUUUAGAUGUUACUGAUCAUCCAAUUCAUAGAUGAAAUGAUAUCUUUUAUUCUGCUUGCAUCAUUUUUAAGGGGAUAUAAUACAGCUGAUAUUUUACCAUAAUAUUUUAAAAACAGUCAGAUAUUGUAGAUGUAAUACUUCCAAAAUACUAACAAUUUAUUGGUUAUUUAAUACAGUGGAUGUAGACUCCCAUAGUAUGAAGAUGUUGAUUAUAUUAAAGAUAAAAAGGAGAUGUGAUCAGUUCAACUAUUUGUUUCCUGAAAUUGCAAAAAAUGUUCAAUCCUUUCUUAGUUAAGGUAGCUGGGGUGUCUAAAUGUUUGAGGAUAGAUUUUUCUUAAACUUCUGUAAAAGACUUCUGUAUCAAUAAACUUUCAAAUUUCAAUAUAACGGUAUUGGUCUCACGAACCUUGUUUUUUUCGUUAAAAUACAUGGAAAUGAAAGAAAUCACAGUUAUUUUAUAUGGGUUAUAUAGUGGAAUCUUAUUUUUCCAUAUUGAGGAAACAUUAAACAAUAGAAUUAGUUAAAAUUCAAUUGGAGAAUUGCUUUUCAUAAAUACUUCCAAAAUAUCAAUUAAAAGUAGGGGUCACGGGACUUAUUGUCUUGAAGAAAGAACAAAAAAUUGUCCUAACAAAUUGGAAAUAAUUAUCUGCCCUUGAUUUUUGGAACGGAUUUUUUUCUAAAAAAUUAAAUACUCUUAAGGACACUUAAUUUUUGAUAGUUUAAUAUUUAAAUUUCAACUUUUAGGUGUUUUGUUGUAUAUUGAAUGAUACUGAGUGAAAUAUUUUUAAACCUAAAAAGUAUUUUUGCAACAUGCCCAGAAGGGAUGCUCAGAAAAAGACACCAGAUCUACCUCAAGUUUAAUGUGUUUUGGUAAAUGAAUAGGAUGAACUUGUCUGGUCAUUUUAAUGCAGAAUAUCAUUAUGAUGUUGAAAAAUUUAAAUAAGUUCCUAAAAUGGCACUUUCCCUUAGUUUUUUAUAUAAGAACCAAAAAAGGUGCUUCAUUAGACCAUCUUUUUUGAACUCACAGUGCCAUUAGAAAAUUGUGAUGUUUACUUUUGCCCAAAAAAUGUUACCACAGAAACUGUAUUGUAUUCCCAAAGUAAAUUUUUUAUUCAAACACCAUAGAAACUUGGGUUUGUUUUCAAGAAUUCUCCACAAAUUAGGCAUGCGUUAUAAUAUUAUGUUCAUUAUAAAAUGUUCUAAUUUUACAACAACAUGUUUUUCAUAUAAGUCCUGUAUCAAUUAAACACUUAGUUUUUAAAUAUUAGAUACAAAGCAAAGAGCAGGCAACUGAUUGUCUCUUAUUCAUAAUUGUCCAAACCAUUAAUUAUUGGAUUGUUACCUUGUAAAGGUUGAGUUAUGGUAUAUGUGUUACAUUUUUUUUUUAUUAAGAUAUUAUGAAAGAUUUAUUUAUUUUUUGAUAGUAUCAUUUGCAUGUAUAUUUUCAGCAUAUAGGCUUCCAUUGUUUUAUGUUGUUUUCAUUGUCUGGGUCAUUUUUGGUGCUGUUUUUGUUUAUCAGCCACUCUGCUUAAACCACUUGCCAUAAAUCAAGCCAAUAGAUCAGUCUGUUACAUUAAUUGAUGUUGUGUACCUCAUGUUUAUACAACCUGAUGUGUUGGGUUGAAUAUAGGAAUCAUACAACCUGAUGUGUUGGAUUGAAUAUAGGAAUCAUACAACCUGAUGUGUUGGGUUGAAUAUAGGAAUCAUACAACCUGAUGUGUUGGGUUAAAUAUAGGAAUCAGCUUGAUAGUCUGUUUGUGUGAACAUUUUUCUCAUGGCCUUUGUCCAACUGGGAAGAAUAAUGGAUAAUAAUAGGCAAAUACGUUUCUUUCUUUAUUAUUUAUAUGGGAAUUUUGGUAAAUCAGUACUAUAUAGGGAGGUACAUAUGGAUGGCAUGUUCAGCCUAUUCAGUUUGUUUCACAUUUUUGCUAUUUUAAGCAAAUAAAUUGCCAUUGAUUUUUCUUGCCUGUUUUAAGUUUUUAUACUAACUCUGUCAUCACACAUUUCACUUGUUUAUAAUUUUCUAAACGAAAAUACACUGUUAGCUCAUAAUAGGCAAGAGUUGAUGAGGGCAGGAUAUUCUAGUAUACUGAGUUUCUUGAUAUAAUUGUGGUUGACAUUAAGAAUUCUGACUCUCAAAAACUUGUCACUUUAUACAUGGUUACAAGUUUAUUGGUAAAACUUUAUACAAUGGUGCUAUAUUCAUUUGUUAGCCAUACUUCCCUAAUCCAUUGUACAAUAAAAGCCAGAAACUUCAAUAUUUUCACAGGUACUGUAGUUGUGCAUGUCACUAUAAGUAAUAAAAUAACCUUGAUUUCCUUGGUUUCCAUACCCUCAAAUUUACAAACUUUCCUUAUUGAAAUAAUCAACUGAUUGUACAGUUGUAUCAGGCAGUACACAUCCUCCAUUGAUGGAUCAUAAAACAUUAACUAAGUCACAUUUCUAUUUGUAUAUUUAUUUUUAAACCCAAUAAUAAUUUAGUGCCAAUAUUAUAUUGUAUAGCCUGCUAUAAAACACUUUAUAUGCAAAAAUUACAAACUGUAAGUGUAAGAUAUUGUACAGAAUUUACACAGCAAAGUUUUAGUCAUUUAAUACUGAUGGAAUUGUCAUCCAUUAUUCUAUUUUUUUUACAUUAUCUAUAUAUCUUGAGAAAUCAAUUAUGCCUUUGUUAUUUUCAUGGGAAAGAAAACAACUGGAUAAAAUUGCUUUUAUUCAGUAACCAUAUCAUAUUAACGUUGUCAUAUCAUCAUAUAAAAUUCCAACAGUUGUAUUUGUUUUAUUUUUUGCCUUAUUUUAUUGAGCUGAUAUUUCAUUAAUAAGUGUAUAAUGCAAUACAGGUUAACAUUUGUUUCAGAUUAUACCUUAUUCAUGGAAAUAUGCCUCAUGGACUUUUCAUGAAAUUGUACUUUCUUCAUGUAGGGAACGUGUCAAGUUAAACUACUGUAUUUUCUACAUGUAGGGAACUUGUCAAGUUAAACUACUGUACUUUCUACAUGUAGGGAACGUGUCAAGUUAAACUACUGUACUUUCUACAUGUAGGGAACUUGUCAAGUUAAACUACUGUACUUUCUACAUGUAGGGAACUUGUCAAGUUAUACCACCUUUCACAUAGAAUCAAUAGAAACUUGAUAGAUUUGGGUUUUACUGUUCUUUGUUACUUAGACUGGAAGAAAAAGAAGCAACCAUAUCUAAUUUAUAUAUAAGAUAGAUUAAAUAUGUCAUUAGAAGAUUGCAUAGAAGAGAAAGGAUAUACAAAAAGGAAAGACUUCAAAUUGACCCCCUUGUAUGUCUGUGCUUAUUCCAUCAACAGAGAGGGGUUAACAAGAAAGUAUUUCCUACAAAAUAAAGACUUAUACUUAUUACAAUGAAUAGUGAUAGCAAUACUUUUAUACCUCAGUUGAGUUAGUUGUUUAAUAGUGCUACAGGUAUAGCUGCAUCUCAUUUUUAUGUUAUAUAUAUUGUUGGUUUUUCCAUAUGUUAUAUAAGAUUUUAACUUUUCAUUACUGUGUGCCAUGAGAAUGGGAAGUUUUUGUUAUUUAUGUUUAAGAGUAAUAGUUAUGCAUAGAGUAUCUAGUCUAGUCUUUAUUGUUAUUUUGAAUUCAAUAUUAUCAACACCAUUAUUUUUCAAAGAAUUUUUGAUUUGUUAAUUAAAAGUUAUGCUUGUUUAAUUUCAUGUGUCUUCUUACCAUCCAAUUUGUCCAAAAUUAUCUUGACAUUUAAUCCUGUAGGAAUAUAGUUAUGAUUAUUUAUAUUUUGCAAAAUCUAAUACACAUAUCAAGUAGGAUAUUUCAAAGCGAGACUUUUAACAGUCAUAUCCUUUGUCAACUUUUUUCUACAGAGCCAUUUGACUAACUUGACUGAUUAGAUGCCUUCUUAAUAUUACUUUUUAUUCUCCUACAAUCUCAAUAUGCACUAGCUAUCACAGGGCCGUAACUACUGACGAGGCAGACGAGGCAAUUGCCUCAUCUGAUUUUCUGGCAAAAAAAACCCAAUAAUAAUAAAAAAAAAAGAAAAUGGAGAAAGCUAGGCAUGCAGGGGUAGAAAAUAUCCUUGCAUUUUCAUAUCAAGAACUAAGUAAUGCAUACUUUGAAUAGUAAUUAAUGUUGAGGGGCAGCUUCUGCACUUUUAUUUCAACUAUAUUAGGUAUCGAACUCUCUGCCUGAUUACCAUUGCCAGUAAACCGGCAUUUGGUUCUGCAAUUAUUUAUUUCCAGCAAAAAGUGUCUUGAACAAAUUCGAACGUCAGAGAUUUUGUUUUCCCAGGAAAAGCUACUACUGACAUUACUGGUCGGUUCUUGCUCAUGUGAGAGAUCUUUUUCUGCCCUUCGGUGUUUUAUAAAGACAUGGUGCAAGUCAACAAUUAAUAAGGAUAGAUUAUGAAAUUAGCCAUGCUUCACGUCCAUCGUACAGACAAGGAUUUGUAUAAUGAGACUAUACAAACCCUUGGUACGGAAAAUGUCGGGCAAGUGAUCGAAGAAGCUGUUCUCAAACAAUGGGAUCGUAGUGGCACAAGAAAGGUCGAACUAGCAUUCACAUACAGUGACUAUCAUGACUAUAGGUUCCAAUCUUUAGGCUUUAUUAAAGUGUUCAGUAUUAAAAUGUGUGUUAUUUUUAUUGAAUGGUUGACCACACACACUUGUCCCGCUUUUUCUAAUAUCAAACAUGUAUUUUACUGUAAAUUGAUACAUGUUUGAUGGAACAAAAUUUGAGGCAAGUAUCUGUCAGCCGGCUCUGAUAGCCUAAUGCAGUUCUAUAUACGGUAAAUAUGAAACAAAAACGGAUGUAACAAGUUUUAUUUCGGACCCUAAUAUUACAAUUUUCGGCAGCCCUCAAACCCCUGCCUUGUCUGUUUCCGAUGCCUAGUUACGGCCCUGUAUCAUGUGCACUUGAUGCAUCUGUUCAUUUCUUUUGAAAUGCAUAUGGUAAUGGUGAUUAUUCAUGUACUUAAGGAAAUGUCUCAUUUAUAUUAUAGCUUAUCUAUCUGUUAUAUACUCUGGAUUUAUUUAUAUGUUUAUUAGAAUAAUACACCAUUUUAUUAUUGAAUAUUCAAGAUUUAAAAAAUGUUUGAAAUAUGGAAUGUUAUGAAUGUUAAUGAUAAUUAACAGGUAUAAGAUUUAAAACAAUAAAUUAAAACAGACACCCAAUGUACAGGAAGUGUGAACAAAGAAAUGGUUAAUUGUGUUCUUUGCAAAUGGUUAAAACAGUUGAUUUGUGCCCCUGCAAUGACAACCAACUGGUAGCCAAGAACACCAAUCAAGCAUUUCAUCAGUGCAAAUUAUACAAUCAUUACCAUUCCUUGAUAAGACACUUUUAAACUUUGAAUCUGCCUUAUAAAUAUAGAUUCUACCACUGCCUCGAAUGUGAUACGAUAUUUAUCCACUCGAGACAGUUAAAUUUUCAAAUUUAAAACGCGAGGCUCGCCGAGCGUUUUAAAUAUUUAAAAUUUAACUGUCGAGAGUGGAUAAAUAUCGUAUUACACGAGAUUUGGUGGUGGAAUCUGUUUCUCUAAUGAUUUUCAAACAAUACGCAGGCAAAUUUAUUCCUUCUUUUCGAAUGAUCUGCAAAAAGAUGUGUUCUUUCUAUGUGACGUCAUCAGGCAUGGUCGCCUUUUUUCAUGCCGUCACAAUAGGAAAUUCAGAGGAAAGCAAGAAAAUUCGACGUCAUAAUCGGAUUUUAACCAAUGAAGAACUGAGAUCAAACGAACCACACGUUGAUUAAAUUUUUUUUAUACAAUGGGUGCAGAAAGGGAUAAAUUGACGAAGAAUUAGAGAAAAUAUUUUAUAUGAUAUAUAUCUUGUUACACCAAACAUGUUUAAUGAGAAUUAAUAGAUUCAAAUAAAUAUUCCAAAUCCUA